CCGCGUGGCCCGGAUCGGCCUGGGGGUGGUGCUGAACCUGGCCAAGGAGCGGGAGAGCCUCCCGCUGGCCCGCAGCACCUCGGGCAUCCUGGAGCACAUGUUCAAGCACUCGGAGGAGACCUGCUUCCAGCUGAUCGCCCACGGAGGCCUGGACGCCAUCCUCUUCUGGUGCCGCUGGAGCGACCCGCUGGUGCUUCGCCACUGCGCCGCCGCCUUGGCCAACUGCGCCAUGUACGGCGGGCAGGCCAACCAGCGGCGGAUGGUGGAGAAGAAGGCGGCCGAGUGGCUGUUCCCGCUGGCCUUCUCCAAGGAGGACGACCUGGUCCAGUUCCAGGCCUGCCUGGCCAUUGCUGUGCUGGCCACCAACAAGGAGAUCGAGAAGGAGGUGGAGAACUCGGGCACGCUGGCCCUGGUGGAGCCCUUCAUCGCCACCCUCGACCCGGGACGCUUCACCCACAGCUGGCUGGGCAGCAGCGACAACAGCCAGGGCCGGACGGCGGACGACCUGCAGUGCCUGGUGCCCCUGCUGGACAGCUCCCGCCUGGAGGCCCAGUGCAUCGCUGCCUUCUACCUCUGCGUGGAGGCCGCCAUUAAAGCCCGGCAGAAGAAGACCGAGAUCUUUGCGGAGAUCGGGGCCAUCCAGAGCCUGAAGAGGAUCGUCUGCUACUCGGCCAACGGGACCACCUCCAUGCUGGCCAAGCGGGCACUGUGCACCAUGGGAGAGGAAGUGCCCCGGAGGCUCCUGCCCACGGUGCCCAACUGGAAGACCCCCGAGGUGCAGAAGUGGCUGCAGCAGAUCGGCUUCGUCAAGUACUGUGCCCGCUUCCUGGAGCGCCAGGUGGACGGGGACCUGCUCCUGAGGCUCUCGGAGGAAGACCUGCUGUCCGACCUGUCCAUGAGCUCCAGCAUCACCCGGAAGCGGUUCUUUCGGGAGCUGACGGAGCUGAAGACCUACGCCAACUACUCCACCUGCGACCGCAGCAACCUGGCCGACUGGCUGGCCAGCGUCGACCCCAAAUUCCGCCAGUACACCUACAACCUGGUCACCUGCGGCAUUGACCGGAACUUCCUCCAUCGCGUCACGGAGCAGCAGCUGCAGGACGACUGCCGCAUCAGCCUGGGUUUCCACCGCGUCCGAAUCCUCUCCGCUGCCCGGGAGAUGCUCCACUCGCCUCUGCCCUGCAUCAGCCGGAAGUCUGCCUUGGAGGGCACGGACGUCUUCAUCAGCUACCGGCGGCGUACGGGGUCUCAGCUGGCCAGCCUCCUGAAGGUCCACCUGCAGCUGCACGGAUUCAGCGUCUUCCUGGACGUGGAGAAGUUGGAGGCCGGGAAGUUUGAGGACAAGCUGACCCAGAGCGUGAUGGGCGCCCGGAAUUUCGUGCUGGUCCUCUCUGUCCAGGCCCUGGACCGCUGCAAGGGGGACGAGGCCUGCAAAGACUGGGUGCACAAGGAAAUAGCCACUGCCCUGAGCGGCCAGAAAAACAUCAUCCCGGUGACCGACCACUUUGACUGGCCAGACCCGGAGGAGCUUCCGGAGGACAUGAGGGCCAUCCUAAAAUUCAACGGGAUCAAGUGGUCCCACGAGUACCAGGAAGCCACCAUCGAGAAGCUGAUCCGGUUCCUGCAGGGCCGCUCCUCCCAGGACUCCUCCUCGGCCGGGUCGGACAACAGCCUGGAGUGCGGGACCCCCCUGGAGCAGAGCUAGGACAGACGGACAGACGGGGGGGGGGGGCUGCUGUCUGGCCUGCCUUACCUGCCCCCUCCCAGCUCUUGCAUCGCUACCUCUCCCUCCCGGGCCCUUCGGAGCAGCGGCUGAAGCGAGCAAAGGGCCCCCGAAUCCAGCCCAGCCCCUCCCCCACCCCCCACAUUGGGCUUCCAAGCGAUCCUUGGGGGGCCAGAAGGGAAUUCUGCUCCCUCAGGCCCCUCAGUCGGACCUCCCCAGGGGGCUCUGGGGAAGGGGUGGGGGGUCUGGGCCACUCCCCCCUCCGGGGGGAAAUCGUGCAGGCAUUGGCUGCCAUGAAUGGGGGCCCCUCCCUCUGUGGGGAUCCUCCGUCUUCCAGGCCACGCAGGUCCCAAAGGUGGUUUUUUUUCCUCAAAGGCAACUGGAUUUUCUUGGCUUUUUCCUUGAAAACA